UGUUACCAAGGCAACGUAUAUCACGAAAACAAGAUGGAAGACAAAGAUAGGAGUUUGAUGCCAAAAAGGUUUUACAAAGUUUUUUGAGUUUUGUAUUCCAAAUAUGCCGCCGAAGAAGAAAGGAAAGGCGAAGAAGGGCAAUGCCAACGCCGAAGGUGACGACGACAGGGCUGAUUCAAAGCCGACAGAGCGAGAAAUAUUGUUAUCACAACAGUUAGUACAAAGACUUGAAGCAAUAACUGAAGAAUUAAAGGAGGUGAAGAGAAAUGUUGAUGAACUUCGAAAAGAAAAUGAAUGGCUGCAGGAGGAAGCACAGAACACAAGACGAGAAAGUCACGAGUACAUGGCUUACAUGUCAAGAAAGACACAGAAAAGACAAUCAGCAAUUGUAUCGCUCAAUGAUAAUAAUCAAAGUGAACUAAGCAAAAUUCAAAAACAAAAGGAGGAAAUGAUUGCAUAUUAUGAACAGCUGAAAAAUGAGCUAAAAGACCAGAUGCUUGAGAAAGAAACAGAAUUGUCAACAGCCAAAAAAGAGCUCACAGAACUUGAACAAUAUCAGCAUCUACAACACGAUCAAGAAGCUGAAAUUAAAUCAUUGGAGGAUGAAGUUCAACAGAUGCGUGCAAAACAUUCAGAAUCCAUUCAAAAACUCAAGGCACAGUUUCUGCGAGAAAAGAAACAAUUUCAGGAUCAAUCAGAUGCCAGAAUUGAAACGAUGACAAAAGAAGCUAAUCAGGAAGCAAAACAAUCAAUGAUCACCCAUACACAAUGUGUAAAAGAAGAGAACCAAAAAUUACGAAAAGAACUGCUAGCAUUGAUCAGGAGAACUCGAGGGCUUCAUGAGAAACGACAACAGCUGGAAGAACAACAUAAAACAUUAAAGAGAGACUUGCAAUAUGGCAAGGAUUUGAGCAGGAUUCAAGGAACAAGGCAAAAUAGAUUGUACAAGUCUUUUGGAAUCGAUGAAAAGACAACAUAUUCAAAUAAUAUAAAUCAUAGAAUUUGAAAAAUGUUGAAUUUUAUUGUUGAAUGAUGUAUUCAUGUUUUGGGGUUUGCAUGGAAAAUUAGAAACAUAUUUACAAAAAAUGUGAGUAUUUUCUAACUAAAGGCA